CAGAAACUGGAUUUCCACUGCAGUCAAGAAACCAAGUCUGAGCGAGGAAACAACGCAAGAGAGAGCCUCCAUCCCUCCCCAGCCUUCACCUCUUUAAGAAAGUGAUUUUUGGACCCGGAUUACUUUGUGGGGUUUUGUGUCCGGAGCUGUCUCCCAGCCUCUCCUCGUGAAAACAUGACGUCUCUGCGCCCGGCCUUGACCACCCUGUUCGGUGACGACCCCUUCUUCAGCCAGGAGCGGCUGCUGUGGCCACUGCACCGCCAGGCCCUGUCCACCCUGCAGCAGGACUUCUUCAACAGGAGAGCCCAGCUGGCCGACAGCCUCCUGAAGGAGCUGCACGACGGGCCUCACCUGCUCGGCCUUCGCCAGGGGUCCUUCCUUCGCUCGCCUUUUGAUAGGCUGAAUGACAGUGAGGAGCAGCAGACACAGAGUCCCAGCAUGGAGCUGCGGCAGGAGGCCCCGCAGAGCACAGAGAAUGGCGGCGACCUCCUGGUGACCCUCGACGCACGCGGUUACGCCCCUGAUGACAUCACAGUCAAACUGGAGGGGAGGAGGCUGGCGGUCGUGGCCAUGAAACAGGCCGGGGCCGAGGCCUCCCAGUCCUGCUCCUCCUCCUCUUCCUCCUCUUCCCUCUCCUCCGUGGCCUCCUCUCACAUGGGAUUUGUCCAGAGGAUCGAUCUACCCGCCCACCUCGACCUGUCCGGCCUAUCCUGCUCACUCAUGGAUGACGGACAGCUGCGUAUCAACGCCCCCGCUGCCAAACAGCCAAUCAGUGAGGAGCGCGAGGUGCCGAUUCGGUUCAGGUCUUCGCUGGAAUUUCCCAUCACCAAAGACAAGACAGAGGAGACACACACAGAUUAGUGUGCACAACACACACAUA